CGCAGUCGAUCACCUCUACGAGUAGCCCAACGUAAAUCAUACAUGUACAAAACAUUAUUGCCAUGCCAAGUCUAGUUUCAUUACCAUCGUUGGAACUGCCGCUUUUUAAUAUGGAAACUGAUGACAAGAAGACUGGAAGAUGCAGGACAGGAAACUUAAAGUCUCGGCUGCAAGCUAAAUUACUACAGGCAACGAACACAGAGGGACUUUGUUUGGAAGAGAUGGCUCAGUGGUCACAGUCACUAGAAAGACUUUUAUCUUCAAAGUGUGGGAUGAAAAUAUUUCAGGCUUUCCUGAAGUCAGAGUUCAGUGAUGAAAACCUUGAGUUUUGGGUGGUUUGUGAAGAUUAUAAGAAGAUCAGGAGUUCCUUCAGAAUGUCAUCCAGAGCCAAAAAGAUCUUCAAACUCUACAUUCAAGCUGAGGCUCCUAGAGAGAUCAACAUAGAUCACAAGACCAGGGAGCUGAUCCAGACAAACAUAAAGGUUCCUUCUGCGGUUUGUUUUGAUGAUGCCCAAAAGCUCGUCUAUGGGUUAAUGGAGAAGGACUCAUACCCUCGCUUCCUAAAGUCGGACAUUUACAGGACGUUAGUGGACUCUACAUCAGACUCAAUGAGGAUGUAA